CUCCAGAAAUACCUUCUUCUGUUGGGCUGAAACGUCCGCUGAGCCCCCAGUCUGAUGUCGAGGAUGUCGACGGCGGAGAAGAUGAGACCGACAACCGCACAGAGUACGCGCGUGAUCUGGAGGAAGAAGCGCAGGACGACCCAGAGAAAGAUCCUCCUUACAAUACAGAGGAGGAAGAUGGGGCUUCGUCUUCAGGUUGAUCGGAUGAAGGGGUACCGGAGCGCACUUCCAAGUCUGUUCACCGAGAGCCUGCUCCGCGAAAGACCAUGGACUACACCACCUACGCUAGUUCAUACGGGGAUCCUCAACCGACAACCUCCGGUCGUGGAACUGGGCGAGCCAGGAAGACGAUGGACGGCACUACGUACAGCAACGGCUUGCCUAGUUCCAGUCCGAUUGGAUCAGCCAGUCGAGAACGGGGUCUGAGUUCUGCAGCGUCCAACCGGUCUGGUUUUGCCCCUGGGUCCUCACAAGCGCCUCAGCCGGAUUCCGAUGAGGAAGCGGAAGGUGGAUUAGCGGCUCCUAACCCCGUCAACGUGGAACGAAUCCGUCAGAAGACCGCUGAGUUCCACGCUGCGCGUCUGAGCGUUGACUCCGCCCUGGACGUACUGGAGCUACCAGCUAGUGGUUCUGAUGAUGACGACGACCAAGGCGAUGAUCCGGGACACCCAGUUUUGCAGCCUCCAGAACAGCCGACCAAGCGCACGAAGAAAGGCAAAAGGCUUCGCAAGCGUGCGCGCCCCGGCGAGAAAGCCCUGCAGGACAUCAAGCAUUUGCAACGCACGACUACUCUGCCGAAAGCUUCCGUUUCAGCGUUUCGUGCGUGAGAUCUGUGCUGGCAUCAAUCCUGAAUUACGCUGGCAAGUCCCUGCCCUGAUGGCCCUCCAGGAAUCCACAGAAAUGUUCUUGGUUCAGCUGUUCGAAGACUCCAACAAGGCAGCCAUCCAUGCCAAACGUGUCACCUUGAAGCCUGCCGAUGUACAGCUUGUAAACGAUCUGCAGGAUUUUAAGCCACGAACCACUGGCGGUAGCAUGAAUUAUAACGCAGCACCAUUAGCGCCUGUUCCUCCGCCUGCUGCACCGUCCGUCUUGCCGCCGGCUGUCGUUUCUGGUUCCGCUCAACCGUCUGCAGCACCUGUGGAACCGAGCUCGUCUGGUUCUGUGGCCCAAUCCAUCUUC